UUGAAUUUGAAUGUAAAACAGGACAGUGCACAAAGAGCCCGCAGGAUGUGGCAAUUCAGGUGACACACCUCUUCCUGGGCCUACUGUCAUACCCUGCUGUUUUGACUGCAAUUUUUCCAAUAAUAGGUUUGAAGAAGCACAUUGUUGAGAGCGAACGAGAGAGAGAGAGAUAUAUACCCCUUUAAGUAAGCGUGGUGGUGAGCGCUUGGUAAACUUCCUGGAAGUUAGUUGGAACAGGGACCACGAAAUCACAGCGUUCAUACAUACAUACGAUACGUGACACAGUCUUAUUUGUGCAUCUUCGUUUCCGAGGGAAAGAUACAGCUGUGUAUCAUCGCUCAAGGCUCCUCAGGAAGUUUCCUCGUUCAUCGUUUCCUUGAGAACUGAGAUGCCCUUCAAAGAUGGCUCUGGUUUCCGUGUUACAAGCUGACAGCGGAGUGAGAAAACGAGGAUCAAUUUGAGUAUGGAGACGCACCCAUAGACUACGUUUUUAUUCAGUGGUCCUCGGAAUAUCACAUUCAGCAAAUCUGCCGCCGUCUACAUCUGAUUUAAACUGCUGGCACAUGUGUCCAGUUCACAGAGCAUCCCGCACCAUAACACCGACGAAGAGAACCUGUCCUAACAACUGCAACAAUAUCUCAAAAGUGUUCCAACUGUUGUAAGAGCGAUGGAGCAAAAAGAACCAUCAGAAAAGCGUGUAGAAUGUUCCGAGCACACCAGAAAAUCAGACAAGUGGACAAACCUGAAUAACAUGAAUGACUGGACGAAAGAUUAUGUCUAUGAGUGGCUAAUCAAGAAGAAAGUCCCUGAGCAGUAUGCUAAGAUUCUUUACAGUGAGGAUGUUUAUGGAGCCUCUCUAAUUCAUUUUGACAAACAAGACCUCCUAGACAUUGGUUUAAAGCAUGGACCUGCGGUUCACAUUGCUAAAAUAGUGGCCGAGUUCAAAGCAUCCUCAGAAAACUUGAAGCACAGUGCCAUACCCAAGGACACAGAUGCAUCAAUAGGGACCUCUGCAGCACAGCAUUUCCAACAAGAAAAAGAAACAGCUGAAAUUCCUUCCACUGGAUCUGCUGAAAUGGAGACACCUGCACAAAUCAGCAUUGAAGAAAAGAAUGGUGAUAUUAAAACAAAAAGUGGUAAUGUAUCAAGUGUGCGAGGAUUCUUCUCAAAAGACAUACCCAAAUAUACAGGCAGUGGAGAGAAGUCACCUUUUCAAGAUGAGAACACUUUAUUAUUGGAGGAACAGAAUGAUGGCAUGGAUACCAAAGGAGAUGAGGCAAGUGGUGCACAAUCCCUGGAUUCACAUUUGACACAAUGGACAAAACAAACAAAUAAUUUUGGGAGUGAGACCAAAGCACACCUGAUUGACUCAGAGAACCCAGAGGACACGUCAACGAGCUCUGUAUUUCAUUACUGUGCACCUCGUCCUUUUGAUGAAAGCAGCGAAACAUUUGAAUACACACAAAAUGAAAUACUUCCGCCUGAGACUGGCCCAAGCAAUCUUAUUGACCCUCUGCAUGAGUACAAACUCAUGACAAAUACAAAGAAUGCUUUAGAAGAGAAUGUUUUCAAAAAAUUCAGAGAUGAAAUAUUCUGGUUUGCUGCGGCAUGCAUGAAUACUCGAUCAAAUGGAACUAUCCAUUUUGGUGUUGGAGAUGAACCACUGUACAAACACGGACAAAUUAUUGGACUAGAGGUGCCAUGUCGUAAUAAAUAUGUAAACGAAUUUGAUAAAGGUCUGAAGGAGCACUUCAAAGGAAAAAGUAAUAUUGCAAUGAUAUGCAUUAGGCCCCCCAAGUUUGUAAAGGUAAUAUGUCCAGAUAACAAGGACAAGUGGGUUAUUGAAAUUGAUGUUGUCCCAAAGUAUAAAUUAACUCAGAAGAAAUUUUUUUACACUACAUUAGACAAGAAGAAAAGGAAGUCAACUUGCCUUUUUAUUCGUUCUGGCGCAAACACCAUUAAUUAUUUUCCAGAAAAUAAUCUUAAGAUUCGUAAGCAAAACUCUGAGAAUUUAAAAAAAGAUGUAGAAUUAUGGGCUUUAGCUAGACAGUUAGCUGAAGAGCAUAUAGCUAGCUUAAGGCCGUGUUUCCACCAAUGCAUUUCUUCCAGAGGUCAGCAUCAGCAGCAUGCCUGCGGGGGAGGUGGCGGUCUCGAGCCCCUGCCCCUUUAAUGCCAAUGCUAAAAUGCCCUUUUGGUCCUAUUGAGGUGCCCCGGACCACGAUUUCUUUCGUCGGCUGACUAAAUUUUCUCAGUGUGUUCCGCACCAUCGGCUGAAGUUGGUCCUCGUCUGCUUUUUUCGGCCGUUUCGACAUGUUGAAUUGGCGUCGGAGCUCGUCGGUCAGUCAGGCCAUCUGAUCAUUCUGAUUGGCUGUUCUGGCGAACCAGUGCACAAGAAGGCGCAGAAUGGACGUGCUACUUUGCCAUCGGGCGUCGAGCGUCGGCUUGGUGUGUCAGAGCAACUUUGGAACCAGAUGCUGCCGACGUGAGCAGUCUGCUUUCGUCGCCACUAGUUCGUAGGCGUCGACUUUUUUUUUUUCCACAAAAGCACCACAGCCCAUCAUGUUUUGACUGUGAAGCAGAUGAUGUUAAAUUUGCCCAGACACAAAUUAAUCCAUGAUGUCACAACUCAGUGGAAUUCAAUAAAUGACAUGUUGGAAAGAUACACAGAACAUACGGCCCGCCAUCAACAUUCUGAGAAGUUUGUCAAGAACAUCGCAAUGUUGAAUGACAGUGAACAGAAACUGGCAGAAGAACGUAUUCAGGUCCUCAAACCACUGAAAACACUGACAAGUCUCUUGAUCAGUGUAAAAAGGCACAUUAUAUCGACGAUCCUUCCCCUAAAGAGAUCUCAAAUCCAUGGCACCAGGUGUUCAGGACAGUGCAACAGUCAGAGAAGCCAAAGCAGCAAUUACAAAUAACCUGGCAAGGAGUUACACUGAUCCUAAACAUCAUGAUUACCUCCAGCCAUUGAUCCCAGUAUUAAAACCUGCCAUACUUUGAUGGCAACUCUCAUGAUAGGCUCCUCAUUAUCAGAGAAAUUCUGGAGCAGGUGCUGUUUGAUUAUAUUUUUUGUUAACUGUAUGUGAUUUUUGUAUGUUAUACUGGAGAUGGCUGUAGUUCUGAGCUGUGUAUGCAGGUGUGUGCAUCUGUGUGGGGGAGGAGCAAUUAUACUACGUGAUCUUUCCCUUUGAUACACGGGCUGUAGCACAGAAUCCUGUGCCCUCCACAGAGGAAGAAAAUCCAUCCUCUCCCCUCCCAAAGAAGACCACAGGGUCAGAGGUAUUUGGAGAGCUUUUCAGAACAGAGGAACAACAGGCCAGGCCCUUUCACUGAAGAGGAAGUCACCACAUACAAGUUAGCUGACAGUAUUCAUGUGGAUGCUGAUCCAUUCUUGUGGUGGGAAACAAAUGAUGUUCCCCCAUGUAGCAAAAGUUGCACAAUGACGCCUAGGUACUAGGGGUUGAACGACUUCUGUUUUUUUAAAGUCGACUUUUAUGUGAAGAAAGUCGAUUCGAAGUCGACUAGUCGCUGAUGACGUCAUUAAUGAACAAAUAAGUCUGGAGCUGUGACAAACACCUUGUGCACAGCUAUGGCAUAUGACACAGUGCCGCCCACAUGGCUAUUGCUCCUAUAACAGAUCAUUUUUAUCAGUUCUUUUGUCAUUAUAUUCGUUAUAUUUCUCACAGAUUUCUGCUCGUUCUAAAUCACAUACAGAUAAAGUUGCACAGUAAAGAUUACAUUCAUAUGAAUGCAUUAGUGAGAGUGAUUGCGUGUGUGAAUUAAUUCUACCUGGCAGCUACUCUCUACUAGUAAUGAAGCUGUGGGAUUUAGUUAUUAGGAAAUAUAUGCUUGAACGUUUCAGUUUCUAAGCUAUUUUAUUGAUAAAUCGCAGAACAGUGUUGACAAUACAUUUCCGCACUGAACGAUUCUGUACGCGCGCGUUCUGCUGUCUGAAGCCUAUGUGUGCGCGUUACAGAGCAGCAGCGCAUUAUAUUAGAAUGGCGAUUAACUGACCUGUACUAUAAGCUGUUUAAAACGUGCAUUCUCCCGUUCAAUUUCGAGCAUCCAGUAAUAUAAUCACACGUCUUGUGGAGCGCUUUCAGAGUAUGCAUUUAUUUGUCAUUUUAACUGUUUGGAAACGGAGCUUAAAUGUGGAAGUCCUUCAGAGAUUUCUUAUAUUGUUGCGCCCUCUAUAGGGCCAGCGACUAGUCGAUGCAAGCUUAAAGUGUCAUGACAGAGCAUUAAAGUCGACUAGUCGAUUAGUUGGUGCAACCCCUACUAGGUACCUCUGUUGCGAGUGAAGUGUAAACCACCCUCGCCUUGCUGCAGACAAUGACUGCGUUUACAUGCGCACGAAUAUUGCGAUUAUUUCCAAUAAUCAGAGUAAGGACUUAAUCGCAUUUUGAUGUUUACAUGUCAAGAGCAAAGCUCUUACUCCCGUUUACAUGCAAUUUCCAUUAUUCUUAUUAUUCGCUAAGAAUUGUGGUUAAUUUUUUCACUGCCAUUAUUCACAUACCCCACUGGACAGCACAAAUGAUGGACUCAUGUCGCUGUUUUAAUCUAUUUAAGUCUAAUGCAUAAUGAUUUUGUAUCGCUGUAUUCCACGCUUUUUCGGCGCCAUGAUAGAAAUAUGAUGGAAUUUGUUUGCCUAUACGCUGCCGUCGCGUUCUGUUCGUCCUUUCUGGAUGAGGGUAAGGAACAGAGCAACCUGAUCUCACAGAAUUCCGUGUAAUGUUCACGGACUUAAUUAAC